UUGAAAGAUAAUUGGAAAAAAAUAUGAUGAGUAUCAUAUUCAUUUUCAUGUGUUUGGUGGCUAGUAUUACUGGCCAUAGAUCUGAUAGUAUGCAAAGUACAGUGAAAGAGCUCAAAGUUAUGAAUAAGACUCCGAUCAAGAGUAUAAAUACAAAAUUUGGCUACAUUGUUGAUUGUAUUGAUAUUAAUAAGCAACCGGCCUUUGAUCAUGCAUUGCUUAAGAAUCAUAAAUUGCAGAACAAACCCAGCUUUUUCAAGAAAAAUAGGAGAAAUAAUUCAUCAACUAUAGCUACAUUCGGGCUUCACAUGGAUCAAUGUCCAACUGGAACUGUUCCGAUUAAGAGAACAACAUCAGAUGACAUAUUUCAAGAAAAAUUAUAUUUAAACAAUAUUUUGACUAAAGAGAUUCCAGGUAAACAUGUUGCUGAAGUAACUCUCGUCCCUGCGACUUACUAUGGAGUUGGUGGAAUAAGUAGUGUAUACAGUAUAAAAGUUGAGAAAGGUCAAUCAAGUGCAGCUGUGAUGUGGGUUAAAAGUGGAUCGUCAGAUAACAAAAAUUAUAUCGGUAUUGGAUGGCAUGUGGCCCCAGAAUUAUACAACGACGACCGAACUCAUUUCUAUGUAGUAUGGACGACAGAUAAUUUCAAGAAGACUGGAUGUUACAAUUUACAAUGUUCGGGUUUUGUUCAAACUAGCAAGAAUUUACUCCUUGGUGGACAUUUUGAUAAAACAUCUAUCCCAAAUGGAGAGAUGAUUGAAAUUGAAAUCUCUAUUUUUCAGGAUCCUAAAACAAAAAAUUGGUGGGUAUCCUAUUUACAUGAGACGUUGGGUUAUUUUCCAUCAUCUAUAUUCUCCAACUUGAACUCUGCUAGUGAAGUAGGGUGGACUGGUCAGACAAGAACUCCUGUGAAUGCUCAUAGUCCUCCCAUGGGUUCUGGGUUAUAUCCUGAUAGAAAUUUUGAUCAUGCGAGUUAUUUUAGACAUAUUACAUAUCAGGAUGGCUCUAGAAAGAACCAAGGACCUAACAAAGAAUCGACAAGAAUAUUUUCCGAUGCACCUAAUUGUUAUCAUGUUGAAUACUAUGGAUAUCAGGGAAGUGAAUUUGGACAUUGUCUCCAACUUGGAGGACCGGGGGGUAAUUGUGGCAAUUAACUAUGUUACUAUAAGCUAUUUUAAAAGUUAAAUUUAGAUCAA